GCCCCAGAGAAGGACGUGGAGUAGCCAGGCGACCUGUCCGGUCAGCUCGGGCAGGGAGCGCAGACCAAGCCGCAGACGCCAGGUGACAUCACCCCGGGGCGGUCCUGCGUGGUGGAGGUCCUGAGGGUCUUCUGGGGCGUGGCUCCCCUUUGUUGUUUCAGCUCUGUGCUGGGCCACACCACGCAGUCGCUGCUUUUUUAACUCUUACUUCAGUCCUGCCAGGCAGAUGGGUUCCAUUGCUAACACAUGAGGGGCUCGGCCCAAAGCGUCAAGUGACUUGCCUGAGGCCCCCGUUGGGAUGUGACGGCACUGGGGUUUCAGCUCUCAGGCCCAUGCCUACUGAUACUGUCCACCUUGUAUCCCAGCAGUAAUUCUGCCAGUGGGCAUUGGAGUGACCUUAAAAAGAGCCAUUGCAUCCUCUGAGUUUAAUCUUACCCUCCCCGUUUGGUCCGGCCUGCGCCAGGCUCUCGGGGGGUGUGGCUGAGCCCCCGGUCCCCAGUCUGCACCCCCUUCCUCUCAUACCCUGGGCUGUCUGUGGGCUGAGUGUCUGCUCCCGCCCCUCCUGCAGGGUGGAGACAAUGCCCAAGCUACAGGGCUUCGAGUUCUGGAGCCGCACCCUGGGGGGGGCCCGCCACGUGGUGGCGCCCAUGGUGGACCAGAGCGAGCUGGCCUGGAGGCUGCUGAGCCGCCGCCACGGGGCACAACUCUGCUAUACACCCAUGCUGCACGCCCAGGUCUUCGUGCGCGACGCCAACUACCGGAAGGAGAACCUGUACUGCGAGGUGUGCCCCGAGGACCGGCCCCUCAUCGUGCAGUUCUGUGCCAACGACCCAGAAGUGUUUGUGCAGGCGGCUCUCCUGGCUCAGGACUACUGCGAUGCCAUCGACCUGAACCUGGGCUGCCCUCAGAUGAUAGCCAAGAGGGGUCGUUACGGCGCCUUCUUGCAGGAGGAGUGGGACCUGCUGCAGAGAAUGAUUCUGCUGGCCCACGAGAAGCUCUCUGUUCCCGUCACCUGCAAAAUCCGUGUCUUCCCAGAAAUUGAAAAGACCGUGAGGUACGCCCAGAUGCUGGAGAAAGCCGGCUGCCAGGUGAGGGGGCACGGGGUCAGGAGUGCAGGUGAGGGGGCGCAGGGGGCCAUGAGCGCAGGACACAGGAGGGUGGGGAAACGGGUGUCCAGGGUGCCCCAGGCUCAGGGAGAGUGGCCUCGUGAGCCCAGUGGGGCUGCCCUGUCUGCACCUGCAGCCCUCAAGCCCCCAUCCCCCACAGAGGGCAACCUGCACAACCCCGCCCUGUUCGAGGGCCGCAGCCCUGCCGUGUGGGAGCUGGCCGAGGAGUACCUGGAGCUGGUGCGGCAGCACCCCUGCCCCCUGUCCUACGUCCGCGCCCACCUCUUCAAGCUGUGGCACCACACGCUGCAGGUGCAUCAGCAGCUCCGUGAGGAGCUCGCCAAAGCGAAGACGCUGGAGGACGUGGGCGAAGUGAGCCAGGCGCUAAGGCUGCAGUGUCAGGAGGACAUGUCCAGGCAGAAGGAGGGGGAGAAGCCCUCGGGCGGUCUGCCGUUCUUCCACUGGAUCUGCCAGCCCUACGUCCGGCCGGGGCCCAAGGAGGGGAGCAAGGAGAACAGCGGUGCUGCCGGAAGCAAGCGGGCCCUGGAGGAGGAGGACGGGGGCCGCCCCGAAGUCCUCUCCAAGAACAAACAGAAGAAGAAACUGAGGAACCCCCACAAGACCUUUGAUCCCUCACUCAAGCCAAAAUAUGCGAGGUGUGAUCAGUGUGGAAACCCCAAGGGCAACAGGUGUGUGUUUAACCUGUGCCGGGGUUGCUGCAAGAAGAGAGCUUUCAAAGAGUCCGCGGAUUGCCCAGGUCACAGGCUGCUGUUCAGGACCAAAUUGGAGAAGUCUCUGGCCUGGAAGGGGGACCAGCCCAGGCUGCAGGAGCCACCCCCACCAGGACCUGGGGGACCGGGUGGCUUCCCCGAAAUCGUGGGCAGUGCUGUGGCUUGAGGCCAGCUGGAACCUGGACAGGACUGCCACUGGGGCUUGGACACAGCCCCCCAAGCACAUGCCUUUACUCAGGGAUCUCCUGCUAUUUAACACGGACUGGAAUGUGCCAGUCCGCC